AUGGGUAGAUGAUAAGAUGUUGCUAAGUGAUUACUUGGGUGUUUUGGGUGGAUUGUAUGGGGUGUUGCUAAGUGAUCAUUUGGGUGUUUUGGGUGAAUGAUAAUGUGUUGCUAAGUGAUUACUCGGGUAUCAUGGGUAGAUGAUUAGGUGUUGCUAAGCGAUUACUCGGGUAUCAUGGGUAGAUGAUAAGGUGUUGCUAAGUGAUUACUUGGGUGUUUUGGGUGGAUUGUAUGGGGUGUUGCUAAGUGAUCAUUUGGGUGUUUUGGGUGAAUGAUAAUGUGUUGCUAAGUGAUUACUCGGGUAUCAUGGGUAGAUGAUUAGGUGUUGCUAGCGAUUACUCGGGUAUCAUGGGUAGAUGAUAAGGUGUUGCUAAGUGAUUACUUGGGUGUUUUGGGUGGAUUGUAUGGGGUGUUGCAAAGUGAUUACCUGGAUGUUUUGGGUGGAUGAUAAGGUGUUGCUAAGGGAUUACCUGGGUGUCAUGUGUGGAUGAUAGGGUGUUGUUAAGUGAUUACCUGGGUGUUUUGAGUGGAUUGUAUGGGUGUUGCUAAGUGAUUACUCGGGUAUCAUGGGUAGAUGAUAAGGUGUUGCUAAGUGAUUACUUGGGUGUCGUGUGGAUGAUAGGGUGUUGUUAAGUGAUUACCUGGGUGUUUUGGGUGGAUUGUAUGGAUGUUGCUAAGUGAUUACUCGGGUAUCAAGGAUAGAUGAUAAGGUGUUGCUAAGGGAUUACUUGGGUGUUUUGGGUGGAUGAUAGGGUGCUGCUAAGUGAUUACCUGGAUGUCAUGGGUAGAUGAUAAGGUGUUGCUAAGGGAUUACCUGGGUGUCAUGUCUGGAUGAUAGGGUGUUGCUAAGUGAUUACCUGGGUGUCCUGGGAGGAUGAUAGGAUGGUUGCAAGUUGUUAGGUGAUUGCUAGGGUUUUCAAAGUCUCUAUAACAUUAUGCUAUCUAUAUAUGGCUUUAAUGUACAUCUAUGGGACUUUUUCCCCAUCUUAUUGUCCACCUGAUGAAAUUCAUAAAUCUUUUUCUUUAGAAAAGUACUAGCACACCUUUUUCCCACAACCUGCAUGAUUUAAGGCAUCAUUUGAUGUUCUCCUAACACUAAAAAUAAGCAAUUAAGUAAAAAAUGCAUAGCAUAAUCUCAGUUAAGAAGGUAAAAAAGAAGUCAGCAUAUGUCUGUUUACAGUCUGAAAGACAGAGAACUUGAGCACAAUGGUGUGUGUGUUUCUGGGAAAAGUAGGGGGUGGGGGCUGAUAUACUCUGGAUGUUGGCUUGUGAGUUGUGUACAUUUGGCUGACCGUGCGCGUGCUGCUUUCAGAGUGCUAAUAGACUUUUGAUUUAAUGGGCAUAUUCUCACCUUUGUUUACAUAUGUGUGCUCACGAGAGACAGAUGAGUGUGAACUGGCGAACAUGUGUGUGUGUUUGAAUGAAAGCCAGGAAAAGGGGAAGGGCCUCGAGUGAGCGGACAAAAACAGCUGCUCUUGUGUGCUCGGGAAACCUCAUCCAGUGAGAGCGAGUGUGGAGAGACGGACCAGCAGGGUCCAGAUCUCUAUAUGGGUUGUGCCCUGAGUGCGGAUAGCUGUGGGGACGAGCCAGAUCCGGUACCAGUGAGAGGGUCUUUAAGGAGGGAGAGAGCAAAAUCCAGGGGAAACAUGAGGCUGACCAAGGCAGGGAAGGGUGAGCCCCACGUCUUUAAAGAAAAGACCUUCAAAAAGAAGCGGCAGUGUGGGGUGUGCAGGCAGAGCGUGGAGAAUUUGGGCUCUUUUUGUCGAGUCUGCAAAACAGCCACUCAUAAGAAAUGCGAAGCCAAGAUCAACACAGCCUGCAUCCCAGCGCAGCCCUCCGAACUGCGAAGGGGAACAUCCUCCUCUAGACACAUUCAGCAUCUGGGCUCAACCAAGUCUCUGACCUACACCAAACAGAGAAACACUCUCCCGAGGAGCUUCAGUGUGGACCGGGUGAUGGACAGAGUGAUGGAGAGGAACUAUGAUUUCGACCUCACAUACAUCACGGAGAGGAUCAUCUCUGUCUUUUUCCCUCCUCUGCUGGAAGAACAGCGGUACCGCCUCAACCUCAGGGAGGUGGCAGCCAUGCUCAAAUCCAAACACCAGGACAAGUUUCUGUUAUUCAAUCUGUCUGAGCGGAGGCAUGACAUCACCCGUUUAAACCCAAAGGUUCAUGACUUCGGCUGGCCAGAUAUGCACGCUCCUCCUCUGGAUAAGAUCUGUGCCAUGUGCAAAGCCAUGGAGAACUGGCUGAACUCCGACCCCCAGCAUGUGGUCGUUCUGCACUGUAAGGGCAACAAAGGAAAGACAGGUGUUAUUAUCGCGGCCUACAUGCAUUACAGCAAGAUAUCAGCAGGGGCAGAUCAGGCCCUCAGCACAUUGGCAAUGAGGAAGUUUUGUGAAGAUAAAGUGUCGUCCUCUCUCCAACCCUCUCAGAACAGGUAUAUCUAUUACUUUGGAGGGCUGCUCUCAGGGGCCAUCAAAAUGAACAGCAGUCCGCUCUUCCUCCAUCAGGUCCUCAUUCCUACCAUCCCCAACUUCCAGGAAGAUGGAGGUUUCUUCCCUUUCCUGAAGAUCUAUCAGUCCAUGCAGCUUGUCUACACUUCUGGCAUCUAUGAUCUGCAGGGCUCUGGGAGCAGACGGCUGAUUGUUACUAUUGAGCCUGCACUGCUGCUGAAAGGAGACAUAAUGGUAAAGUGUUAUCACAGGCAGGUUCAGUCUGCUGAGAGGGACUCUGUGUUUCGACUGCAGUUUCAUACGUGCACCAUUCAUGGAGCUCAGCUCUGGUUCGGCAAAGGGGAACUGGAUGAAGCUUGUUCAGAUGACAGAUUUCCCUCUGAUGCCACAGUGGAAUUUGUGUUUUCGUCUGGGCCUGAGAAAAUCAAAGGGAGGGUGAGCCAGAGGAAUGAUCCAGCUGUCAGCGUGGACUAUAACACAAAUGAUCCGGUGGUGCGCUGGGACUCUUAUGAGAACUUCAAUCAGAGACAUCAGGACAGCCUAGAGGAUAUUGCGCACACACGUGGGCCUCUAGAUGGCAGCCUGUACGCUCAGGUAAAAAAGCGUCGCGCUGCAGGCUCCACCUCCACCUCCCUGCCAUCCACCAAUGGGAGCCCUGCAAGGAGCCCUGCAAGGAGCUCUGAGGAGCGUCCAAGUCAGCUUCUGUCUGUUAGCACUGAUUCUGGACACUCAUCUGUCCCACCUGACCGGCUCGAUGAGCCGACUCGACAGGCCCCGCCUACUCAGCAAGAGAGGGAGGAGCUUGAGCGCCUCCUGGGUGGGAUUGAAGGCGAUGGAGGGAGGGAUCGUGACCGAGAAACAGCCAUUUUGGAUGAUGGUGAUUCCUUGCCUCCUGAAAGGACUGGGUCACUGAGGUUAGGCCGUUCAUGCUCAUGUCGGGUGGGCUACCGAUCUCAGCGUUGUGCUGAGCCUGGAUGCGAUGGACUCCACCACUUAUCCAAUGGGUACUGCCUUGAUCGUCCCACCACCACUAAUGGACACACAGGGGCUCCUUCUCCAGGGAUGCCAUCUGUCAUAGGGCUUUGCCAACACCACAGUGCCCAUCCUCACCAAUCCCUGCCGCCACCAGAUCUGCUCUGGGACCGUCAACAGGGUCCACAGCACUACCUUCAUCGCACUUGCUCAGAGGGGCCAUCACGCCACCUGUGUCCAUAUCCAUCCCAAGAGAUCAGCCCCCAUCCACAUAGUCUGUCUCCCCGACUGCUCUGUAGGGCGGAAGAGUACAUUGCAUACCCCCACCACCACCACAACCAUCCACACCACCCAAAACCCAGCGGCCCCUACCACGAUGUCAUGAUGAUUGAUGGCCUAGUGACACCCGGCUGCCCCUGUCGGGACUGCUGUCUGCGGCGAGAAGAUUUCCACACCCUCCGUUUGGACAGAGAGGAGGGAAUACACUGGGAGAGGGAGGCAGAGCUUCACCGGGAUACUGGGUUAAGACGGGGCCGAGAGGCUGAUAUGCAAAGAGGGGCAGAGAUAUGGGACCGGGAGGCAGGGCUACGAAGGGGCAGAGAAAUGUCUCUACACUGGGACAGAGACCGAGAGGCAGAACUACAGUGGGAGAGAGAACGAGAGGCAGAAUACUGGCACAGGAGGGCUACAGUAUCCCCCUAUGGGCCUCAUGGACAUGAAUUACCAGCAUUUAACUUCGAUCCACUUCCCGCAGGCCAUCCUGCAUACCCCGAACCCUCCCGGUCCCAUUCUCACGCCCAUCUGGAUCUCAAAUACAGUAGCAGUUCCAGUGGAUACCAGACACCACACCAAACGUGCCCCUGCUCCCCCUACCAGCCGUCACCUUCAGAGAGUCGUGGCUAUGCCUCAGGUUACCAGUCUGAGUCCACGUCCCCUCUUCCACCUCCCUCCGCCUCCUGCUCUGGCCCAGUGCACCAUGCCAGCGGGCCUACAGAUAACCAAACAGACUCCCACCCUCAGCAGUACACCUCUGAUACAAAUACAGAUUGCCCUGGUGCAGAUAGCAUAGGCUGGCGUAGUCACAUUACCCAUGGUUCCUUGCGGCGGACACAUCGAGAUCCACAUGCCCCAUGUUCAACACCCUCUGAUAUUUCAGGACCUCCAACACCAGUUCACACAAGCAGCCCCUUGCGAACCCAGGAGAGCCUGAGUGUCCGUGAGCAUGAGUCAAGAGAGGUGAACAGUGAAAGCAGUUCAGCCCACUCCCACAACAGGACGCACCCACCUGCCCCACAGUCCAACAGUACCAGUCCGGGGUGUCGGCAAACUGCACUUUCUUCCAGUCAAGAGAUUCCUGAGAUACACCCCUUUCCUGCCACACCCACCACUGCCCAACAACUCUCUGCCCAUUCCUCGCCAACAACACCUUCCACCCCACAAAUCUCAGCAGAACACCCCACCUCUUUAACACCUUCAUCAAAAUCCACCCAAUCACAAACAAACAGCUCACCUACUGCUGCUACAGUGCCACCCACACGGGAAAUGGUACUACAAUCAACUGAGACUGUUAAACCAGCACUCUCACGAGGUCCAUCUUCUCCCAUCCCGUCCGAGUCCAUCCCAGCUCACUCACAGAGCAAUGGAGUAUCACCAUCUCCUGAACCAGACACCCCUUCUGCUUCUUCUGCCCCUGCGUCCCCUCAGCUGCCCACUGGCGAACACGAGAGCUCUUCUUCCCCUGAACCCCCAGUGCCUGGUUUUGCGACACUGGGUAGGAAGCUGAUGUUGGGCUCUGAAACCUCACUUCCUACUGGACACAGUAUGGAUGGCAGUCCCAGCUCCACUCCCACCUUUCCCAUCUCUCCAGCCUGCUGCACCCCAUCUCCUCCACCAGGCUCCUACUCAGGGUGCCUAGCCGCCUCCGUCCCACAGCCUCCCCUCCCUGAGAAACGCCGCCCAUCCGGCCUGCCAGGAUCACCCAACGGGAGGUCUGGAACGCUGAGGGCGUCCAUGAGUCAUCAGCCCUCUGUCCAACACCACGUUACAUUCUCACCUUCAGUAGGAGAGCUGACUGUGCCUGCUGGACAGGGAGAAGUUGGUGUGGAGGGUGAGAUGGGCAGCCGUGUCAGUGUGAAAUUUGUGCAGGACAGCUCUCGAUUUUGGUAUAAACCUGGCAUCUCCAGAGAGCAAGCUAUAGCAGCACUGAAGGAAAGAGAACCAGGGGCCUUCCUCAUCCGAGACAGUAACUCUUUCCAGGGGGCUUACGGUCUGGCCCUAAAAGUUGCCAGCCCACCCCCCAACGUCAAUAACCAUAGCAGCAAAGCAGGAGGAGACCCUCUGGAACAGCUGGUUCGACACUUCCUGAUUGAGACAGGACCUCGAGGAGUGAAGAUUAAGGGCUGUCAAAAUGAGCCCUACUUUGGGAGUCUUUCAGCACUGGUGUAUCAGCAUUCCAUUACACCUAUCUCUCUGCCCUGUGCCCUCCGCAUCCCAGAGAAAGACCCAAUAGGUGAAUUCGUGGAGGUUCAGCCAGUCAGUAACAUGAGUACAGCUGCAGACCUUCUGAAACAGGGAGCAGCCUGCAAUGUGCUGUACCUGAACUCAGUUGAGACCGAGUCUCUCACGGGACCCCAGGCUAUCGCUAAAGCCACAGGGGCCACAAUGUUACGCAGCCCUCGGCCCUCUGCGACAGUGGUCCACUUUAAGGUGUCAGCCCAGGGCAUUACACUGACAGACAGUCAGCGCAGGGUGUUUUUCAGGAGACAUUAUCCAAUCAACAGCGUGACUUUCAGCAAUGUGGACCCACAAGACAGGAGGUGGACUAACUCAGACAGCACGACCUCUAAAGUAUUUGGUUUUGUUGCCAAGAAGCCCGGCAGCGUGGCGGAGAAUGUGUGCCAUCUUUUUGCAGAGCUGGAUCCUGAACAGCCCGCGACUGCCAUCGUCAACUUCAUUAACAAAGUAAUGCUGGCACCACAGAGACGCUAGGGCCCCGGGGACGAGGAGGAUGGUUUAUCUUCACGUACACUGUCGCACAUCACAAGACUGUAAUGUUGCACCUUCUGUCAAGUUUAAGACUUUUCGGCAAAGACAAGGGCUUUACUGUUGACUAACAUGAUGCCAAAAUACAUUAAAACCAAAAUAUACUACAGAAUGUAACCAAACUAAAGCCAGCAGUCUGUUGUGGUUUUGCCUUUGUAGAGCUGUUUCGGUGUUCAUGGGAUUGUAAAUGACUUUUUGAAAUGCAAUCACUAAGAUUGUUAAACAACCCUGGCAGCAGGGGUUUUCAAAAAUAUAAAGCACUGUUAUUGACCCAUGAAUAAAAUAAAUCUGUUAUAUGCACUCAAACUUCUGAAUUGCACAGAUAACAGUCUCCGCAGUAUGACAAUCAUCAGUUUGGAAAUAUUGAUGUCAAUUUGGUUUUUGAGUUUUGACGUACGCUAAAUUAUGGUCGAAAAUGUUUAUUUUUUUUAAAAGCCAAAUUUCAGUGUUUUUUGUCCUUUUAACUGGAAAGGAGUUGCCAUGGUUUCUAUUGGAAACUUAAUUCAGCCACAAUAAUAAAUGUAUAAAUGAGUAAAGGUAAUUGCGACUUAUAUCACAAUUUAAACGUUUAUAUCUCACUAUUCUGAGUUUCUAUCUUGUAAUUCUGACUUUUUUCUUGUAAUUCUGUUUAUAUCUCACCAUUGAGUUUCUAUCUUGUAAUUCUGUUUCUCUCUCACAAUUUUGAGUUUCUAUCUUGUAAUUCUGACUUUUAUGUCUCACUAUUCUGAGUUUACAUCUUGCGAUUCUGACUUUAUUUCUCAGAAUUGAGAGAAAAAGUCCAAAUUGCAUGAAAAACUCUCACUUUUUAAUCCUUUGGUGGAACAAGCUUCCAUAGUUUCUGACUCUGGCCCGGUGUCUGCGAAUGAUAGUGAAAGUUACUGAGCGUUUGAGACGGAGAAACAGAUGGAGGACCAGACAUGGCGUAGUCGUGACGCUGAGCAGCUGUUGUGCUCUGCUGGAGUUCCAGUAUUAGGAAGAUUUAAGUGUCAUGUAGUAUGAUGUCAUAAUGGAAGGCUGACGGUCAUGUGAUUAUUAACCAGAGAGAAUUUGGUUACCUUUAGUGUAGGAAGGAACUUUUUGUCCCCAUUUGUUGUGUAUUUCAUGCACUGUUCAUAAAUAGAAUAUGAAAUAAGGCAGACAGUGGUUCAUAACCAUCCACAUCAUAUACAACCCAUAGCUUUGUCAACUGACCGUCACGCAUCAUGCUGUACCAUUGCCUACCAUAUUGUGUAGUAGAACAUUAUAUUGGAAUGUAACCAGUCUUUAAACUGAUUGGACGGGUGGACGUUUCCACCUUCAUUCUUUGCGUAAUGAUUUAACGAUCUCCAGAAGCUGUUUAUAACCAAAGACGUGGCCAUGUACUCAAUCAGUUACUUUAAGCUGUGCCAUUUGUUUUACUUAACUUUAUCAACAAGUUAUUUCUGUUUUUGACAGAUAGUAAGACACGUCUACGACAACUUUAAUAUAUUGUAUUCUGUAUUUUCUUAUUGAUCUUUUUAUGUAGUAAUAUAUUUUAACACAUGCAGCUGACUUGGAAAGUGAAAAAAAAAAAAAAAGACUACAUGGAAGGAUUUUGAUAAGAAAAGUUUUUUUUUAUUACCAUAUGUUAUUUUUUCAGUGUAUGCACAAGUGAAAAAUAUAAUAAAUGUAAAGUCAUGGUACCAAAUCUGAAUUCAUGAUGUGAAUUAUUGUGCACUAUUCUAUUAAUUUACCACCAUCAUCAUGUAUUAUACUUUAAAUCAGAGAGAGACGUGUGUGUGUGUGUGUUAU